AUGGCGUCGUUAGAAAUCGUUCAAGAACAUCAUGAUGGAGGAGAAGUACAAGGGAAGCGUACUUACAAGAGUCUGAAUUUGGACACGUCUAUCGCCGCCUUGUCUAGGGAUAUGCAGGACGGAGCUGGCGAGGACGAGAAUGGUGUUGUCUCGGCGGACCACAGGUUGAUGACACGACCUAGAGUCCAACGCAUCCCCGAAUCCGUCCCCAAAACCACCCGGAUUCGAUACGUCUGGUUGAACCUCGAUCUUGACAUGAUCGAUAUUGGAAAGCGGGAACUUCGCGAUCUGAAGUUCGUUGCCCCAACUAUCAAGCGGCUUAAGUUGAAGCGCGAUGAGUUUGGCUACGGCGACGCUACAGCUUUGUAUGAUUUUGAGAGCUUGGACGAAUUUCACAUUGUUUGCCCAAGUGACAUUGUGCAACGCUCCGCUUGCGUCCUCAUGUCAUUUUACCAUGGCCACUUGCACAAAAAACGCAUUAUCUUGGUCGACAAAGCCAAUGAUCACACCAUGACUUUGUUUGAAUGGGAUCGGGAAGCUGAAGAACGCUUCGAGCCGCACCGAGAGAAGUGGGUCUUCAGAUAG